AUGGCGGCAAAUAUAUGUUUCACAAAUCCAAAACACAGCUCGCAAGUGUUUUCCAUGCUCACAGAAAUGCGGGACAUGGACGAAUUUUGCGAUAUAAAAGUCGAAACGAGCGUGGACGAAAUUUCAGCCCACAGAGUAGUUCUUUCUGCCUGUAGUCCCUACUUCAGAGAAGCUUUGAAAGACAUCGACGCGGAUGAAGAGAGCUUUGUUGUGCCAGAAGAGCAUGAUUCCAGAGUUGUCGCGAUAAUUAUAAAUUACUUCUAUACAGGACGUCUUGAAUUUGACGCGAAGCUCUUACCAGAUAUGCUUACAAGUGCAGUUCUUUUUCAGGUAAGACAUUUUGUAUUUGGUUUACUCUCGGCUACGGUUAAACUCGGCCGGAUAGCUUUCAGAUAGCGACGUGAAAAAACCCUAUCCGUACCUUUUAGGAACGCUAUUUUCUGCGAGGAACUAUUGCAACGGAGCGAUGUUGUUUCGGCACUCACGUUCUGAAAGAUGUCAGAUUCUGUAUCGGACAGGUGCUUUUUCGUGCCGCUAUAUAUGGAAACCGAAAUAUAGUGUAAACUUAGCCAAAUAGUUUACAGUGGAACAUUGAAGCUUAUACAUAUAGCUAUCCGGCAUCACAGAAUAAAGACAUACAGAAGUGUAACUUCCAUUACAAAACCGUAAGGCGCUUUUUUACCGAAAUAGCUGUCGGCCAUGUUCUUAGCAAGUGCCCUAAAGAGAGGCAUUCACCCCCCUGGAAUAUUAAAUUUUCAACAUGUUUUCAGGGGGCCGACUGCCUCUCUUUAGGGCACUUGCUAAAAACAUGGCGACUGAAAAAAUCCCUUACGCGCUUUUAAUAAGAAGAUACACUUCUGUAUGUCUUUAUUCUGUGCCGGUAUGGUGUAAACGUAUAGCCAAAUAAUUUACAGUAGAUUGAAACUUAUACAUUCCGUUGUUGGGAAAUGUCUGACUGCCUAGAGUUUUAAACUAAUCAGUAACCUAUAUCGGUCUUUUUUCUGUGUUGGUGUUGUGUACUCAGGUGAAUACGAUGUUUGUGAUGUUUAUAUUCUGAGUAUAUCCACACUGGACGAGCUUGAAAAAUAUGCCCGGCCACGGUGUGAAUCGAACCUACGACCUUUGGAAUACUAGCCCAAUGCUCUGCCAACUGAGCUACGUGGUCAGGUCGAUUCGAGUAAGUGAUAUUUCGAAACAGAAUCUAGUUCCCUCGAUACCAAUGUAAUCUAGUAAUAUGAUUUUUUCUGUGUUAGUGUUGUGUACUCAGGUGAAUAUGAUGUUUGUGAUGUUACUCUGAGUGUAUAUCCACGGGCGAGCUUGAAAAAUAUGCCCGACCACGGUCGAACCGACCUGAAUGCGCGUAUCUCGGUUGACAGAGCAUUUGGCUAGUAUCCCAAAGGUCGUAGGUUCGAUUCCCACCGUGGCCGGCAUAUUUUUCAAGCUCGCCCGGUGUGGAUAUACACUCAGAGUAACAUCACAAACAUCUGUAUCGGUCUAUUUUUAAAAACUAAUUUGUAUAUUUAAGACCCAGGACAUUCUGGACAGACUCGAGGACCAUGUCGUCAGGCACUUAACUGCCGAAAACUGUUUGGAGUACUACUCCAAAGUUGAAGAAUAUGGGCUAAAAGAUCUACAGAAAACAAUAGUUCGCUACAUCAACUGGCAUUUUAAUGAGGUAGCUGCGCUGGAUGAAUGGUUAGAGCUACCUGCGUCGAAAAUAGGCGCGUUGGUGUGCAACGAUGUUUUGAAUAUCGAGAAAGAGGAGGAUGUUUAUGAAGCAAUAUGGAAAUGGUUUAAACACGACCAAGAGUAAGAUUCGUUCGAUAUCGAUAUCCAUGUUGAUAAUAUUUCAACUUAACUAUAUAGUUUUUCUCUGUUUUCCACUUCAACCCACUUCAACCAUAUCGUAUCGUAACGUACCAUAGCAUUUUCUUGUGUGUCAAUGUCAUUAGUUCCACACUACCGCUCUGCAGGAAACAAAGAAAUACGCUUCGGAGUGGAAAACGGCCCGACGCUAUACGUUUCGGUACGAAUUGAAGUGGAAAACUGGCUUAAAGCGAAACGGCCACAAAUAGAGCUUCCCCCUUAUGAGUGAAAUUUUGAUCUAGAUAUGCCUGGACAAAAAUUUCAUCACAGCUUGAAAGAGCAUCAUAAAAUUAGUAAUAUUCCAAAGUUUCGUUGCGAAAUGUUGUAAAAUGCGGAUAAUAUAGCCUUGCGAAGUUAGCCGUUUUUCAGUCAUUUUGCAUUACAAACGGGAAAUUGAUAAUCAAAUGAUCAAACUGAUUAUCAAUUUCUCAUUUGUAAUACAAAAUGACUGAAAAACGGCAAACUUCGGAAGGCUAUAUUAUCCGCAUUUUACAACAUUUCGCAACGAAACUUCGGAAUAUUACUACUUUUGUGAUGCUCUUUCAAGCUGUGAUGAAAUUUUUGUCCAGACUUGUCUAGAUCAAAAUUCCACUCAAAAGGGGAAAGGUCUAUCCGUCUGAAGGUUAACUGGACCAAUAUGACUCUUACCUUACUGAACAUCUAGAGAGAGUUGUCUAUUAUCAUAGAGAAUCUUUUUAAUCAUGCAAACACACGGGAAAAUUAAGCCGCCAUUCGAAGCCGAAAUUUGCCCUGAAAAGAUUAAUGUUUCCUCUUAUCUUAUUGUUCUUCUUCAGACGUGAAAGCAACUGUCAGUGUCAGGAAUUAUUCAGCAACGUUCGAUUCUUCCAACUCGAUCCAAAAUUCAUCACAGAUCGUGUUGUUCCAGAUGUCGCCAAGGGGAUAGGGAUUUGCAAAGAUGAAAUAAAGCAAGCGAUUAUUUAUCAAAGUUCUGACAAGAAAAAACGACAAGCAAUGGACACGAAACUGAACCACAGAUGUCCAAGCAGGGUGAGAAAAAUAAAUUUAAAUAGUUGGGUAUUGCUUUAGUUACCCAUGCAUAUAAAUCUUUAUGAGGAAUGGAGUUUGGAUAAACACCUAUAUUAGGUUUCCAUACAUGCUUUUGCGGAACGCGAGACCACCUUUUUUUUAGCGAAGGUAAAGGAUCGAUAAUCAUCUUUGCUAAGUUUCCUUGCAGCUUGAAUCGUGAAGGACACAGCUCAAACAUGACCGAAUGGAGCUAGGUCGUGAACCAGGGUUUAUUUUAGCGUGCAGUUCUACACAAAAUGUGCAGUUUUAAACCCAUUUGUGCAGUUCUUAAAACUCAAAUGUGCAGUCACCAAAUUAACAAAAAUAUAACCUCAAAACAGUCUUCUCAUUUACUCGUUUUCCUUGUGGAUGCUCCAGAUGCCAGAAAUGCUGUCAUUAAUUGAGCAUCAAAAAUCUAAACGUUUUCUGGGAGAGGACAUAGUAUUAUGUCAUAUACAUGCCGGGGUAAUGGAACAGGAGGUAAAAUUGGGGCGAGCGAAGCUAUCCAAAAGAGAUUAGAGUGGGAGAACCUAAUAUUCUUUGCUGCCUAAGGUUGUUAUAUAUUGAGUAUUCAUGAUUCCCAGUUACAUGUUUUGAAACAGUUUUUCAGUGGGUGGUUGGGUGACACAAAUCUUUGCCAGAACGUACUUACGAGCCUCUAGAUUCAAAAUUUGGGGGACACCCCUACCUGUAUAGCUCCCCCAACCUGAAUCGAGUUUGUCUGGCCCACCCAACCACACAUUUAUUCUGCCACCUAUAUACAAAUUAAGAGUCUAUCAUAAUUUACAACGUUAACUAUAAAUUUAUAACAUAAAUAACCGAGUAACAGUGUCUGGAUUUUUAGGUGACAAAUGACAUUAGGAUAUUUUUCUAAAAUUAAUCAUAAUUUCGUUUCAAUUUUCAGAUAAUCUACAUGUUCGACAGUAAAGCAAGCGUUGUUGAGAAGUACGACCCAAUCAGGAUAGAGUGUGUGCAAGAAAGACGCAUCAUGGACGGACGAAAAAUGUCUUCGGAUCAAGGACACAAGGUUUCUGUUGUUGUGAACAAUGAUCUGUAUGUAGUGUCCUCCACGAAAGUGGAAAAGUUCAACAAUUUGGCUUUGAUGUGGGAAAAGGUUGCUAAAGGUAGGUCACGUAAAGAUUUCACAUUCUGUAGAAAGUCUGCCAACAAGCCGUCAACGAGUUGGUCCGCACUGCUUGUCCCAAGUUGUCAACAAGUUUGGAACAAGCUGUUAACAGUUGUAACAACCUUGUUGAUAUUAUCAGACUUGUUGCAAGGUUGUUCUAACAAGUCCUUUACAGUCAUGAUACAACAAUGUUGUCAUAUCCUUGUGUCAUCAACCUUAAUUAUAACAUUCUUGUUACAUCAUGACUGUAUCAGACUUGUUAGAACAAACUUGAAACAACUCUGAUAAUGCCAUCAAGCUUGUUGACAACUUGCAACAAGUUGUUGUUCACAACGGACUUGUUACAAGUUGUUCCAACAACUUGUUAGAUCGUCCUGCAAUUCAAUCGAAUCUGUCAAGGAGUUGUGAGUGACAACCUUGUGGCAACGUGAUAAAAUAACAGCGUUGUUACAACUUGUUGACAAGAUUGCUACAAGCCCGUUGCGAACACACCUUGUUGACAAUUUCAGUGAAAUUUUUACGAGUGUACAUUUUCCAUCUAUCUACAUUUCAGGGGUGAACAUCCGGGAGUCAGCAAUUUGUGCUGACGAAGAAAACUUCUACGUGAUUGGUGGACGAGAUCAACCUACGGCAGUAAAAUGUUUCAAUGUAAUGACCCAGACCUGGAGUCAACUCACAGACAUGCCAGAGGGACGACGAUCUGCAGGUCAGGACUUCUAGCAUGUGUGUAUAGCUGUCCUAAAGGGGGGGGGGGCAGGUACGAUUUACGUGCUGCCUCUUAUCGGUGUGUUAAGCCUUCUAUUGAUGGUCGAAGGCACAGAAUAAAGAUCAGUAACAGAAGGGCCACUCAGCGGUGCAACAUGUCCUCGUCUUUUUAUGCAAAAAUAUGCAGUUUACUGGCCAGAAGGCGGAGCAGCCAGCCAGUACAGUGUGUUUAUUGGCCAGAAAAUGUCAUUGACUGGCUAGAAAAAUGGCGGCCAACAUGCGUAAUGCGACAUGCGCGAGGACAGAAACUUCAAAGCUUCCGACGUGAGUGGCCCUUCUAUAUGGAUUUUUAUUCUAUGGUCGAAGGUAAAGUGUUAGCCAGCUUAAGUGAGCGACGUGACGUUUUUUUCAACAAGGACGUCACCCAAAAAUUGGCAUAAUUAAUUUUGGCUGCAUUUUGCAUCAUAGUGCUCAUAUGAAAAUCUUAUGAUGUUUGUGGUGUCACUUUGACUGUGCAUCCACGGUGGGAAUCGAACCCGCGACCUUUGGGAUACUAACACCACAAACAUCAUAUUCACCUAUGUACAUAACACCAACACAUACAAAAAGUAAAAAUCUUAUGUUUUGUCAUGUGUUGAAGAUUACCACAAACUGAGACAAUCCAGCCUCCCCCUUUGGCAAUCUCUGUUGAAGUCUGUGUUGACAAAAAUGUCACUUGCUUAAGCUCCAGCGGCCACGGGUGCUCUAGUAAGCCGUUAAUUGGCUUGUUCAUGUUUGAGCUGUGUUCUUCAUUCAGGAUUCGGCUGCAUGGAAAGAUGGUUAACAUCUCGAGCUUUACCUUAAAUACGAGAAAGGAAGGUAUAACAUGUUUCUCGGUCAUCAUAUCAACUUCACUGUAUUUUAGGUGCGGUUGCCAGCAACGGUCGUAUUUAUGUUAUGGGUGGUUAUGGAGCAGACGAACCCCUGGCCACCACCAUGCGCUAUUCAAACCGUUCUAACAAAUGGAAAAUGAUGGUAAAGAUGAAUUCCACAAGAUUUGGCCUAACUACACUUAUCAUUCGCAACCAGAUAUUUGCAAUUGGAGGUCGGAACAACUCGGGGACGUUCAAAAGUAUCGAAACUUUUGAUUUAGACAGCGACAAGGAGGAGUGGGUCGAGUUCACAUAUGACAUGAUGCGACCACGGAACGAGUUCGGCGCGGUUUUCUUCAAUGGGCAGCUCUGGUGCAUGGGCGGUCGUGGAGAGAACAGCAUCGAGAGCUUUGAUUUUAGUACCAAUACUUGGGAAUUGGUUGGCAAGUUGGGAAAUGUCAGAUAUGGUAUGUCGUGCGUGUUGUAUUCAUUGUUUUAGUGCACGAUACAGUGCAUCCAAAAUUGGUGUAUCCAAACUGUAUACGGAGUAAUAAAAUCAACUGGACUUGCUGCGAUGCGUUUUAUUACUGAAGUAUGUAAAUAUAUAACAGAAAUUUGAUGGCGAAAAGUUUUAAGAGGGUCCUGAAGGUGUAAAAUGGGAACUGGGAUUUGCUUAUUUUUGGGUGGGAAAAUGGGAUUUCAUGCACUGGGACUGGGAUUCAUCAGCAAAAAAAAACAAUAGAAAAUGGGAAUGGGAUUAAGAUUUAAGCAGGACAGCCACUGAGAUGAUGGGAUUUGUGUUCUGGGACAAUGGGAUUUAGUCAAAGUUUGGGCUGGGAAAUGGGAAUACGACCCCCUCCCCCCUUCAGGACCCUCUUUUAAGGUUGUCAUAUCUAAUGCAUAAAAAGCCUGAUAGGUCUAAAAUAAAGCGUCGGUCAAACGAGGAUAAGAGUUGGCAGUUAUACAUUGUUACGCGAGACAUUUCAAGCUCUAGAUUAACAAAAUGAAGGUUUCAUGAGUAUUCCAACUGUGUUUCAACUUUAAC